CGGGCACGCAGCUCAACUCACACACAAGUCCCAAAGCUCAUUUACAAGCAAUCAUAGCCUGCAGAUUACUUACUACUCGAGCAAAUUAAAGAAGAAGAGCAAGAAGCUAGGUAGCGCGAGAGAGAUGGCGUCCAUGAUGGGAGGAGACUUCGUGGAGGCCUACGUGCUCAAGAAUGCCUACAAGGAGAAGCUGAGGCGCAUGGACAAAGCGGCGGCGGCUGAGGGGAAGAGCGGCAAGCAGGACGGCUCUGCUGGAGAGAAGAAGGCUGCAGCAGGUGCGAGCAGCAGGGGAGGAUUCUUUGUGCUCAUGAAGAAGAAGGUGCACCCCAAAGCGGCAGCGGGGAUCGAGCCUGCUGCUUCUUCCUCAUGAUCUUUUACAGUAGCUCAGCUCGAUCACGUAUUCCUGGUUUCACGAUCCAAGGAAUUGGGGCUGGCAAGGCUGCAAGUACUAUAUGUACGUAUGAUCCAAGUUUAAUUAGUAGACAUUUAGAUGCCACGAAAUGGUAGGCUGCAUGUAAGCGUGCUGGAUUCACCUUUGCCGCUAGGAGCGCGUGUAAACUUGUUCUUUCGAUUAGCUUCUUUUGGAAGGAGAGUGUGUAACUCACACGAUGUAAUGUUUGUUCGUUUGUUAAUUGGUUGCUUAAGUUGACAUGGAAUGAGGUUAAAAUAAUAUGCUUUCUGAAUUUUACUUAAA